AUGGAUCACAUUUCAGAACAUUUCAGAUUUGAGGAUUGCAAAACGCUUAUCGCGCUUUGCAAUCCUCAAAUAUCAUUGUAUGAAAUUUUUCGAAUCAACUCAAAUCUGUGCUCUUUUGCAAAUGAAAUUCGAUCGGAAAACGCAAAGAUUUCAGAGCACGACAAUGUUGUUGUCCUGGCCGAUAAGCAUACAAUGCCAUAUUUGGAUGGUCGAAGUCGCUCGACUAAAUCACGACUCCCCCUGGACGCCCUCAUUCAAGCAUCAAUCUACGACAUAAACAUUCGUGACUUUGCACCGUUCGGCUUACGGCAACUGGUCAAAUUCUCAUACAGGCCCUCAUCGCUUGCCGAAGUAGCAGCACGUCAAAUAGACGAAAGCAUGAAACGCUUUGUGGUUGAGUCAAAACUUCACCUGGAUAAACGUGAACCAGAGUUGAUCCUUUCUGCUGAACAUAUUGUCGAUAAUGGCAUGAACAAGGCUAUCGUUGAUCAGCGGGUACUCGACGAUAACCACGGUCGCUUGCCUGAAUGGGCCAUCAUGAUCAAGCUAUUCAAUGCCUUCAGAAAGGUAACGGUGGUUGCGAAUCCACUCAAUAAAACCAAUUUACGACUGGACGACGUUAUGGCCUUUGUUGACGAACAGAUUCUUGUGAUUCCAAUGAUGGACAAGGAAGCGCGAGCGAAUUUGGACGCUGAAUUGUACAAAAAGUUUCGUGAUGAGGUGAUGCUCGUGGAUAUACCGGCGCAGUUGGGUCAGGAUCAAAAAGGGAAUUGUGGACUGUAUACGGCAAUCCUUUCGACAGACAAGUAUGUUUACGUACCGGUGUUUGGAAAUGAUCCGGAGAACUGGAAACAGGGACAUUCUACUAUGAUGGACAAAAUGGUCAUUCAUAUGCUUGAGGUGAACACACGCAAGACAGUAAUUCCGGUGAACAUACCCCGUGCAGUGUGUGAACGAGGUAUUUCCCUUCGAUCACUUGCGUGGACACUGAGGGGUAACGCCGCAGAACACAUUGUUCAACUGGCCAGAAACACCCCGGCACAAUUGGUCUUAUAG